AUGGAGUCUUUCAUUCGACGGUCUUCCUUCUUCAAUAGUUUCAACGGGGAUAAUGCUUCAGAGGCCUUCUUUGACGCGGACGAAGUGCUCCCUGCUGCUAGCGUCGUGCCACGACCGUUCUCUUGUGUAGGGAUAGAACAUAUCAAUUUCACAGGAGACCUAUGUCUCUCGCUUGAGCCGUUGAUCGACGAGAUCCCGCUCAUUGGGGGUGUGCAGACUACAGUAGAAAAGACCAUUCGAGAAACGCUCCUCCUGCCCAACUGUGUAUAUGUACCGCUGCAGAGAGAGAAAGUUCACCCGAAUCUUGAAUUGGCUUACCCGAAACCCAGCGCAGUCCUACAGAUAUCAGUUCAUCGUCUCCGCGGUUUGCCUCGAGGAAAGAGCUCUCAUAUCGAACUAUCAUUGGGGUCGAAGCUCAUUGCCACUCCUAAAGGGGAGUUCAACGUUGCUGGCUAUCACGAGUGGCAGCCACCAUUUACUAGCGACUUCUUCGUCUACACUCGCAACCAGCCCAUAGUCGUGCGGCUAUGCUCCCUCGGUGGAGAUCACCUAAGCUCUGCUACGAUUAAGGUACGAGACUUGAUCGAUGAAGGUGUUGGUGCUGAGGGUUGCUGGGUUGCUAUCGCUGAUGGAGUGGAGGUGAAUAUUCAUGGACGACUCAGGCGCUUGGACCAUGCUUGUAGACCUCUAAAUGUAUUCCGUCAGAUUCUGGUCACUAUUGACUUGUAUUGUGCGGGGAGUCUGAUCGAGGCUGGCUCUCGUGUACGGUUCUCUCUCCCAGGAGCAAGUCCUGCUAUGAUUAUAUCUAAGCCCGGUAUGAAUCGGGAGGCGGACGUUGAGGGAGAUCUCUCCCGUGAACCGAGGACGCAACGAAUUAUAGAAAAGCUGCGGAAAGCACAUGGCAUGACUGCAAUUGAAGUGGCGACCAUCGCUGAAGUCGAUCCUUAUGUGGUCGAUAAAGUGUUGAGAGAGAAGCCAUCCUUGAACGUGGUGUGGAAUCAGGCUGUGUAUACCCUGAUGGACAUAUCUCGGGUCAACUUUGACGAUAUCAAUUUGCGCGUUGAAGUGCUGAGGAAGAGCCGAAGUUUGCUAGGCGGCGAAAUCCUCGAUUUCCUGGGAGACAUCGCCCUACGUGAAGUGGAGGACUGUGAACAAAUGAGCUUUCGAGGCACCGUCCUCCUCCAUGGCAAGGCUUCAGACAAAUGUUGUGAUAUCGAACUGGGUGUUGAGAUCCAGGGCGUAGAAACAUGA